CUGAACUCUAACGUAAACAAGCAAGGGGAAAAGUUAGCAUCACUUUCUCAGAAAGUUGACGAGCUGUAUGAUUAUGACGAUUCUUACAGUUUUGACUAUGAUAAUGAUUCUGAGAUCCCGGAUCCUGCUGACAAUCUCUUUUUGCAAAAUUCUCCAGGUUCUGAAGUCACUGACAGAUCAGAGCCACCUUUAAAAAGGCAACGUACUGAUUCAUCUGUAUUUAAAGAUUUAACAGAGAAAUUCCAGUGUAGAGAAAAAGUUGACAAUGAGGUAAAUGAAGAUCUCUCGAUCUUUGUCAACAAUGCUUUUCGCAACAGUAUGAAUGAGGAAACCUUGUCUGAAUUGUAGAAGGACAUUAACAGACCAGUUAACUGCGAGGCGUUAACGAAAACAAAAGUAAAUAAUGCUAUCUGGCGUCUACUUAAACCUCAAACACAAAGUGAUGAUGUUAAAUUUCAGCAAAUUCAGAACAUUAUUGUCAAAGCGUCAAUUAAUGUUGCCAAAAUGCUAGACAAAGAGAGUGAGAAUUUAGAUACAAAUUCAGUGGAAUGGGGAACCAAUGCACUUGCAUUAUUGGGUCGUUCUUUUAAACUUAUCAAUAAUAAACACAAAGAGAGCCACCGCAAUGACUUGGACCCAAAGUUCUACCCGUUGACUUCAUCAAGUCAGCCUUACACAGAAAAUUUGUAUGGUGAUGAUAUAAACAAAAAUGUGAAAGAUAUUCAGGACAUAAGUAAGAUUGGUCGAAACAUUGGUCGUGUACCACAGUUUCAUGGAAGAGGCUACAAUCGUCGUAGACGUGGUGGUAGACGUGGAAUGACUCGCCCUGGAAGAGGUAGAGGUUUCUACCGGAGUUAUGAUGGUGUGGAACAGGCAUCACCUUUGACAAAAAACAGCAGAGUGGGGCACAAGAAGUAAAUAAUGAGUUUGACUGGCCGUGUGAUUGCGAAGAUCAGAGCAGACCAAGCAGAAUGCAUCAUGGUAGUUCCCUUGUGGCCAACACAAAAUUGGUGGAGUGCAUUAAUAGAACUGUUAACAGACAGGCCUCGUGUUUUCAAGGUAGUACAAGGAACUUUGACAAUUCCAAACACAAACAAAGUGCAUAAUCUCCAGAACAAACUGAAAUUACUGGCAUGUCGUUUAUCAGGCAAUCACUUAGAAACAGAGAGAUUCCAGAAGAGGCUACCAAUGUCAUUAUGGCAGCCUGGAAGGAUUCAACAAAGUCUCAGUACUCUGUUUACAUCAGAAAGUGGUUUGUUUUCUGUGGUAAACAACAGAUUGAUCCAAUUCAGCCAACUUUAAAAUUUGUGCUUCAGUUUAUGUCUGAUCUUUUCAAAACUAAUUUGGCCUAUAGAACUAUGAACACAGUACGUAGUGCGUUAUCUUCACUGGGAAUUACUUUGGAUGGAUUUGUUGUUGGUCAAUAUCCCUUAGUGAUAAAAUUUAUGAAAGGUGUUUUUAAUUUAAGACCACCAAAAUCUAGAUACAGUAAAAUAUGGGACGUAUCAGUCGUACUUUCAUACAUUAAGUCCUUGUCAGAAAAUGAGAAUUUGUCAUUGAAAUUAUUGACGUUUAAAUUAGCAAUGUUAAUUGCACUCACACAGGCCAGCCGCUCUCAGUCUUUACAUUUGUUGUCCAUGGAAGGCCUUAGGAAAGGUCCAGACUUUUAUGUUUUGCAGUUCAAUAGUGUUUUGAAACAGUCAAGGCCAGGUAGGCCUUUACCGGUUGUAAAAUUGAAGAAAUAUCUUCCAGAUAGAAGAAUUUGUGUGUAUAGUACUUUGUGUGAAUACUUGAAAAGAACUGAGAGUUUGAGGAAAAACUCCAAUUUUCUUUUUGUCAGUUAUUUGAAACCAUAUGGUCCAGUUUGUACCACUACAAUAAGCAGAUGGUUACGAAGUUUAAUGAAACUUGCAGGAAUAGACUGUAAUAAAUUUAAAUCACAUAGUGUUCGAAGUGCAGCAGCAUCUAAAGCAAAAAUGUGUACAUUCCAAUUCAUGAAAUACUCCGAGUUGCAGGAUGGUCAAGUGAACAGACCUUUGCUAAC